AUGGAUCAAUCUAAUAUUUCACGAAAAGAAUAUAGAGCUUUGACGACUACUUCGCAGGAUUUGCCAAAAGAAUGGCUAGUUAGUGAAGAAAAAUAUAAUGUAAAUGAAAUAAUGCAAAACCAUAUUCUAUUGCUAGUAUUUGAUUUGAAUGCACAAACAAAUAGUAAUUCAGAUAGUGAAAGUGACUCGGAUAGUGGAAGUAACCUAAACAGUGAAAUAAUUGCAACCACAUUAGAAAAAGGCGUUUAUAGAAAUAUAUCUGUAAUUCUUCGGUUUGUUGUUCCAAAACUCGUCACAAAUAAAGUUUUAAGCUACAAAACCCCCAUAAUAUAUUUGAGAAUAUCAGGUGACAGAAGGAAUGUUGGCAAAAAAAUUAAACAUGUUAUGAUAACACUAGCAAUCCUUAAUGACAAAAAAAAUCUUAUGAAACCAGAAAGCCAUUACACAAUUUUAUUAUUUUCUGGAACUGAGAAUUAUGUUUCUCUCAAAGUCACCUUGGAGCCGAUUUGCUAUGAAUUACAAGAAUUGCAUAAAAAUGAGUUUAUUGAUACUAUUAAUCAACAAUGGAAGAUUGAAGUCUUUUUUUCAUCCGAUUGGAAAUUUUUGGCAAUAAUUUUAGGUUUUAAUGCGCCUAAUGCAUUUAAUUUCUGCCCGUGGUGUCUCUGCACUAAAGAUUUAAUAAGCGAUUAA